CCGUAAUCCCUUUACCGUAGCUUGGAACCCGAUUUGGAAAUAUGGUCGACCCCCACAUCAUAAAAAAAAGUCACUGCCAAACUCCUCGCAUAAACAACCACAGCACUCGCACUCUACUCUGCCCGAAAAGAAAGUCCCCUGGUCACCUUGUAUUCUACAGUCAGAUUUGGGCAUAUACAGCGAAGCCUAAAAUCGGAUGGAGGAUCACUGUCUGACUAUGACUCUUUCAGAACCUCCACGGUGAUCCCUCAUCUCCUCUGUCCGAGUCUGGAGAACCGCCAUCCCGCGCUUUUGAAAAAUGUCCGCCUCCGCAGGUGGUUCCUCGAAGGGGGUUGAAAUGGCAGAUCAUAAGGAGCUGGCUUCAGCUCUCUAUGCUCGAUGUCUUUCCAACUUUCCACCGGAUCACCUGUUCUACCAGCAAGAUCUGCUCAGCCUAGGUGUUAUCCCAAAUAACGACCUUGCCUUGUUAAUGAAAUGCGCCCAGUCACUCGUGGAUCAGAGCUUGAUGCGUAUGCUCUAUGGCAGUGAUGACCGCCUUGCUUGGAAAAUCAUCGCUCAGUCAGAUGCUGAGAAACUCCAGAACCUCAAUGCCGAAGAACGUCUUAUAUACAGCGUGGUCGAAUCAACGGGCCGCAGUGGCGUUUGGACACGGACGAUCAAAUCGCGAACAAAUCUACAUCAGACCAUCGUGAACCGCUGCCUGAAAUCGCUCGAAACCAAAAACUACAUCAAAUCUGUUCGCAAUGUCAAAUAUCCACAGAGAAAAAUGUACAUGCUGUCUGGCCUGCAGCCGAGUGAAGAAGUCACUGGUGGCGCCUGGUUCACAGAUGGAGUUUUGGAUGCCGAUUUCAUCCGGGGGCUGGGAGGCUGGAUCGAACACUGGGUGAGCGCCAGGAGCUGGUACGACCGCGCUGCAGCGGAACGUAAGGCUGCAAAGAGACAAAAAAUUCGUCCGGAUAACGCCAAGGAGGAACCACAAUACCUGCCCUAUCUCCCAUCCUACAACGGAUACCCGACCGUGACUGAUAUCACCAACGCCAUCAACAACUCCGGCCUAACCCCAGUCACAAUGGGCGAAUCUAGCAUUGCCCAACUACUCGAGAUGCUCUGCUUUGACGGGAGGCUGAUCUCUCUCCGCGAUGGGGCUGCAUAUAAGAGCGUAAAGAAACCAAACCAGAUAUCACUGCAGCGCGACCUGGGCUUACAAACCAGCGACCAAACGGACCAGGAUAAAACAGAUCAAGAUAGCCUUACGCUGGGCGGAAACGGCAUGACGGAGGCUCCCUGCGGACGAUGUCCUGUGUUUGCGCUGUGCCAGGAAGGCGGACCGGUCAAUGCGGAGAAUUGUGAAUACUUCGACGAGUGGAUAAAGAAGUCUUUGGCGUUUUGAACAUGGAAAAGGAUUUUGGAAUACUCAUUUUUUUCGUAUAUCUCUCAACCGAUCUGUUAACCUCAACCCUUGCGUCUACAAAUUUAUCUCCCGGUCUACGAAUUUGCCCAUCACUUUUUCCUACAUUCCGACGAUCUGCAGUGAAGCAUAUAUUGAGAGAUAUAUCGCACGAACAAUUACCGGCUUAUAUACGAUCCCAUACGAUCCCAUACCAAUAGUUGCCAUGAAUAUCACCAUGGUUGAACAAAUAAGCGUGAGACAACUCACCACAAAAGAAAUCUGAUGUUUGAUAUACCACAUGUAUAUGUAGCAUAGCAUAGCGACGGUGUUUUAUCGGUGUUUGAUUUCUUGUUUUUUCCCGGUGCUUCUUCUAUUCAUUAUGCUGCCAUAAGAUUAGAUAGCGGGUUGGGAGGGAAAUUUUACCACCGGGGACGUUUUAAUAGAGCAGGAGGGUACAAGCUGUCUUUCCCUGGAUUUGAUUUUAUGUUAUUGUUUUUAUCAUUCAUCCUAUGGAUGUAUCUACGAUACACUCCAUGCCCGAGAAAGGCAAAGAUGCAAACCAUAACAAGUGACAGAAGCAGAAGCGGGUCUGCCAUUCUCCAAUGUAACUGGGUAUAUUGCCCACAACCUAAGCCGUAACUGAAUCAUUACCAAAAGAAAUACGUAAAAGCAAACCCUCCACCCUUCCACUCUACUUCCCCAAAUUCUUCCUACACUCCUCACAAUACCAAGUGCCCAACGGCUCCCUCGUCAACCCCACACACUUCCAAUGAAACCACUCAUACGGACAAUCAUCAUUAUCACACGCCACCAUAUCCCCAUGACUAACACUACGACACGUACAAUACGUCUUCGUAUCCUCCCCACCAUCAUCUUCCUCAUCUUCGUCCCCUUCCUCCUCUGACUCCCCACCACCAGCCGCCCGAGCCGCGCCUCCCGCAUUCCGCCUCAGCGGCGGCGGAUGAUUCUCCGCUUCCGAAACCUCAGCGCUGCUCAGGACGGACUCAUCCUCCUCCUCCUCCGCUAGCCCUGUAACAGAGGAUGGAGAUUUCUUCCUCGACGCAGCUGCGGCUACAGAAACAUUUCCCGGAAGGGUUUUCAACCGGCCAUUCCCGCUCGAUGAGCGCUUUGUGGAUUUUCCAACCGCGGCGGUUUUUCGUCGCGCCUGUUGUUGGUGCGGGGCGACUUUCUUUGCUGGUGGCUUUUUCACGGCUGUGGUGGCACGGGGUCCUGCGCUGCCUGCGCGCGAGGCCCCGGGGGUACCGGGUUUGGGCGUGCCGGGUCCAAGGGAUGACUGCCGUAGGUUCGAGGAGGCUGCAGGGAGUGUCCCGAGCGAUGCAUUUAGACGUCUACGUUUGUUCUCCGUAGCGCCUGCGGAGGACUCCCGAUGACGGUGUUGCAGAUGUAAAGCAGCAGAGGCAGGGGUGGCCGGCGCGGAGUUUCGCGUGGCGGUCUGAGACGCUGCGAGAGCGGAGGCGCUUGGCGAUGGACGACCAGCGGCGGUGUUUAGUCUUUGGGAUAGGUUAUAUUGUAGAGUUGAAUUUCCGGACGUGGGGUUUAAGGGGGAGGCGUAUGAUGUUUCCGCGGAUGUAGAUUCCGGGAAUAUUGGCUUUUGUGGCUCGCGGUAUUGUUCUUUAUUUCGGAAGAGGGAAGGGAUGGGUGGAUCUUUCGAAAGGACUCCAUC